AAGGAAGAGCAGGAGGAGCAGGAGGGGGAGGAGAAGGAGGAGGAGUUUUUUUCCACCACGACUACCUGAAGACAUAGUCGAACCCACAAGCCCUCGAGCGCCUACCAUUUGGCCAGCGCCUUGCGCAUCAGCUUCUGGUAGGCCUCGUCGUCGUAGUAAACCUCGGUCUUCACGAUCUUGCUAGCCCUUCGCAGGACGGCUUCGUGUUCCUCCGUCAGCACAGCGUUCGGCACGAACGCCUCAGCCUCCACCAUGAUAGUCUGGAUAUCGGCAGGAAUGCCAUCUGCCUCAGAGAGGGCAGGAAGCUCGGCAUGACCAGGCAGAAGAUCAGCACGCCCAGGAAGAUCUUGAAAACCAGCGGAAUGAUCGACCGCACCACGAAGAUCGUCAGGAAGAUCCCCAGCCCGACGAAGUCCGUCAGGAAGAUCACCAGCACCCCGAAGAUCGCCAGCCAGAUCCCCAGCGCCACGAAGAUCAUCAGGAAGAUCCCCGUCGCAAAGAAGGCCGCCAGCACCACGAAAAACACCAGGGAGGUCCUCGCCAUCGCGAAGGUCAGCAGGAAGAGGGUCCCCCGCCCCACGAAGAUCGCCAGGAGGAUCCUCAGCACUGCGAUGAUCGUCAGGAAGACCAAUCGCACCACGAAGGCUGCCAGGAAGAUCACCAGCACCGCAAGGAUCCCCAGCGCCCCCAAGAUCGUCAGGAAGAUCACCUCCACCACGAAGAUCGGCAGGCCGAUCCCCAGCGCCCCGAAGAUCGUCAGGAAGAAGAUCACACCGACCACGAACACCGUCAGGAGGAACCACAGCACCACGGAGACCGCCAGGAAGAUCCCCAGCGCCCUGAAGAUCGUCAGGAAGAUCGUCAGGAAGAUCACACCCACCACGAAGAUCGUCAGAAAGAUCCCCAGCACCACGGAGACCCCCAGGAAGAUCCUCAGCAUCACGCCCAUCGCCAGGAAGAUCCCCAGUACCCCGAAGACCCCUAGCACCACGAAGAUCGUCAGGAAGAUCCCCAGCACCCCGAGGAUCGCCAGGAAGAUCGCCAGCACUGCGAAGAUCCCCAGCACCCAGAAGAUCGUCAGGAAGAUCAGCGCCACCACGAAGCCCGUCAGGAAAAUCCCCAGCAUCACAAGGACCGUCAGGAAGAUCACCAGCCUCGCGAAGAUCGCCCGGAAGAUCCCCAGUGCCCUGAAGAACCCCGGCACCACGAAGAUCGUCAAGAACCUCCCCAGCACCACGAAAAUCGACAGGAGGUGGGUCAGGGACGAAGUCCUGCUCGUAGUCCCACUCGUCCGCCUUGUCCAUCGCGUGGCCGUCGACGCCGUUGAAGUGAUGCAACUUCAAAUCAGUCUGUGUCACAGCGUCCCGCGCCAAGCUGUCAUCCCCAUCGCCGUCGCCAAGCAUCGCCUCAGGGGGCGCCACGGGUGCCAGCGUCGCACGCGGCGCCCCAUACACCGUCUGAAGCCCCUCCUCGAGCGCCCGCAGCACCUGGCUGCAGUGGGCGGAAGUCAAGUGCCGAAUGAUCUUGAACGCGUGCGAUAUGUCCGAGAUCUGCUUCACGAUCUUCUUAUCGAGCUGGGGCGCGCCUGCCCUCCGCCGAACUUGAAGAAGACCAUCUCGGAUGGUGCUCACGUGCCGCUGCUGGUACACAGCGAACAGCUCCAGGGCCGCAAUCGAGGUCGACAGCAGGAGAGGCAGAGGACCGCCAUCCUGAACGACCGCGGAAGGGUGCCGACGGGUGCGAAGCGCGUCUGACACCGCAGGAGACAUGGCCGCGCAGUCCACACGGCGCGUGGACGCAGGGUGCCGUCGGGCGCUGGGCGCGGGGGCCCAAAAGGCGCUUGAGCCCAAAUGGC